CAAAAAUAAAUUCUAGUUCCCAUUUUGCUAAAGGACUUGUGAUGUCACAGCAAGUCAGCUCAGUAGUUUGCCUAGGAACUAGCUGAUCUUUUGCUUUCAGUUAAAUGUGGAGAAAUGGCUGACAAUCCCAGCACUUCAACAUCUCAGCUAAUAAGAAACAUUGACAACAUGACCAACAUGCAACAUGACCCCUAUCAGUUAGCUUUAUAUGUGUAUGAAUAUUUACUACAUGUAGGGGCUCAGAAAUCUGCACAGACCUUCCUUUCAGAGAUACGAUGGGAGAAAAAUAUCACAUUAGGAGAACCUCCUGGGUUUUUACACUCUUGGUGGUGUGUAUUCUGGGAUUUGUACUGUGCAGCCCCUGACAGAAGAGAGACAUGUGAGCACUCCAGUGAAGCCAAGGCUUUCCAUGAUUAUAGCGCAGCUGCUGCCCCCAGUCCAGUGAUGGGCAAUAUGCCUCCGAAUGACGGAAUGCCAGGCGGACCUAUGCCUCCAGGGUUCUUUCAGGGCCCUCCUGGUUCUCAGCCAUCACCUCAUGCACAGCCUCCACCCCACAACCCCAAUAACCCCAUGAUGGGUCCUCACAGUCAGCCCUUUAUGUCCCCUCGCUAUCCAGGUGGCCCGCGACCUUCCCUCAGAAUGCCAAAUCAACCCCCAGUUGGAGUUCCAGGUUCACAACCACUGCUGCCAAACUCUAUGGACCCCACAAGACCACAAGGGCAUCCAAACAUGGGAGGACCCAUGCAGAGAAUGAACCCACCACGAGGCAUGUCCGCUAUGGGACCUCAGAAUUACGGCAGUGGCAUGAGACCCCCUCCAAACUCAUUAGGGGGUCCUGGUAUGCCUGGAAUGAACAUGGGACCAGGAGGAAGGGGUCCUUGGCCGAACCCUAAUGCUAACUCUAUAGCGUACUCGUCAUCAUCACCAGGAAAUUAUGUGGGUCCACCAGGAGGUGGGGGUCCUCCAGGAACACCUAUCAUGCCCAGCCCAGGAGACUCUACAAAUUCCAGUGAAAACAUGUACACAAUGAUGAAUCCAAUAGGGCCCGGCGGGAGCAGGCCUAACUUCCCAAUGGGUCCUGGUCCUGAUGGCCCUAUGGGUGGAAUGGGCGCUAUGGAACCUCAUCAUAUGAAUGGAUCACUAGGCUCCGGAGACAUGGAUGUGUUGCCAAAGAAUUCUCCAAAUAAUAUGGCAGGAAUGAACAACCCUCCGGGGACACCUCGAGAUGAUGGAGAGAUGGCAGGAAAUUUCUUAAACCCCUUCCAAAGCGAAAGCUAUUCACCCAGCAUGACUAUGAGUGUGUGAUGUCCUCGGAUCCGCCAUUGGAUUGAGUGUUCUCAUGAUGCCUCUUCAGCAGGAGACUUCCAAUGCGCAAGCAGUGAGGAUUACAAGCAAGUUUUGCAAUUUGUAUAUUUAAAAGCAGGAAAUAGUCAACCCUAGAGGCUCCUUUACAUCCUUUUCAGAAAAAAACAUAAACAUUUAAAGAGCAAACGACUAGACUGCAUUUCAGCAAUGACUUUAACCCUUGAAUCGUGGUGUAUUGUUAGGGGUCAUUUUGGGGGGCAAACCUCUGGGAAGUCCUUUCUUACGCACUCUUCUGCCAAAACGCGAUCUGCAGACUCAAGAGGACCCUCAAUGGACUGUCGGACACAGCUCGCAAAGCUUGGGUUCAAAUCCAGCUACAUAUUGUAUGUAACAAGCAACUAUAUCUAUGAAAUGACUAAGAACAGUACCUUGGCUUAUUGUGGAAGAUUGGUAUACGUUCAUUGUAUCCCAAAACAGUAACCCCUUCACUGCCAGAAAGGCAUGUUUUCCUGACAGCAAAGGGGUUGUAAACCACCAUCCCUGCAAGUUUGGUGACCAUUUUAUUUAUUUUCUGGGGUUUUUGUUGUUAUAAUUAUUUUUUUGUAUUCUGUUAGCUGUAAUCUUGUAAUGUCUUAACCCCAUUUCACAGUACUCAACAGGACUCAUUUUUUGUAUUUCAUCCGACAAGAAAAAAAAGAGAAGAAAAUCUUGCUGCCUGGCAAAUAUCUACAUGUAUCAUUCACUCAAUUGUCGCCACUAAACUGUUAUGGCAAUAUGAGAAGAGGAUUCUGGGAAAGCACAUUACUGCUUCAUCGUUUCCAUGGCAACUGAUACAAGUUUAUGUAUUUGCUUUCACAUUCUUUUCAAUAUCAACUGCUUUGUGAUUUUAACAUGGCCAGAGUGAAAUGUCUAAAGUAAUUUGACUGCCUAUAGCCCUCACUAUUUUGAUAAGCUUAAUUUUACAGUGCAUGUAAACCAGGUAAUACCUUAUCAGUAAAGAGAAACAUAUGAGCCCAAAUUGCACAUUUUUGGUUCAGAACCGUGCUCCUAACUUUAGGUGUUUUUAAAAUCCAGUUGUUAACAAAAGCAAUGUAAUGUAUAAUUAGUUCCUCAGGUUUAAAGCGCUUCAUAUAGAAUUCACUGUAGGGUAAAAUAGUCUCUAGGGAAACCUGUCUUUUUACUAAAAAUGUAAAAAAAAAAGGAAGGCAUAAAAUCAUAAAAGACUAUAACGCUAAACAGGUGCAUUUCUGAGGAUUAUUUUAAGGCAAGUAAACAAAAUGUGAACUUCAUGCAGAUUUCAAACACAAGGAUGAAAAUGAGUUUGCAUGUGUAUGUAUUCAGGGACAAAAACAAGGUUAUCCCUUGUACCUCUAAUUAAAUAAGAUAUGAUGUUUGCCUUUGUGGGCUGAAUCUCUCUUGACAUUCACAGGACAUUCACAGGACUAGGUGUGUUUAGUAUUUUUGUUUAUUACAAAUGAAUUAUCUGGUAGAGCAUGUUAUAUAUCAGGGUACCUUAGCAACUUCCUAAUCCAGAUGUUAUUAAAAUGUGGAGGAGAAACAGUUAUGGUAGCAGAAACAUUCUGUUUGUUCUAGUACAAAGAAAAUAAUUACAGUUGUCAAGUGGAAUAGCCUUUAUUGGUGUGUGCCAGAACACUAAGAUUAUGUCUACUUAGACUGAUGUUUUUCACACAAUUAAACCACUGAGUGUCUCACGGCACUAGAUUUUUUUAGUCAUAGAAUUCAGAAAUUCUUCCUGGCAUUAAUCCACUUUUCGGGAGACUGGUUUACUAGUAACCAGUUCAUUCAAAUUAAAGCCAUUUCAAAUCCACAGAAAUGGAAAAUGUAGCCAUUAUAAAGGAAUGAUAUGAGCUUAGCUUAAAGUCAUAAAUCUCUGCUAAGUCAUAUAUAUGAACAACGGUUGUUUCCAUGCCAACCAAUAGAGUUUGGGAGUUGCUUUUAUCAGUCAAUGAGCAUUUUGUCUGUAGGAGUGAGUUGUAAACAAAUAUACACUUCAUUUCAAACAUAAAUUAAGCAACUAUUUAUCAUGCAAAAACCUUUUCUAGACAAACACACAUAAUGAAUAUGUAUAUCAGUAUUGAAAGAAAAGAAAAAACACAGAAUACCAAUGAAAUUACCUCAGUUCUCUCACCUACUUCAACAAAGCUUUCCCCUUUAUGUUUUUUAUUUUGAGGUAAUUAUCUGCAACCAACCUUGUUAUCAGCGCUACUAUGGAAUUUGCUUUGCAAGCACAUGUGUCAGAAUGAAGUCACCCUUUUCCUCAUAGCAGCAUAAGACUUAUGUGAUACAUCAGGUGAUCAAAACAAAAUGGCUUCUAUAGGCAACAAGCUAUAGAAAGAAAAUAACUCAACAUCUAGAACAACCAAGGUCUCAUAAAGAUAUGAGAUGCUAAUGGUAGGAUAGAAUGAUGACUACAUUUAAAGGUGUGUAAGAUGUCCUUCAGAUUGAUCUACAGUUUUUUGACAUGCUUGUCAAACUUGCAGCCACCUUUUUGUUUUACUCUAUAUAAGGUUUUAAAUACAUAUAAGGUUCCUCAUCCAAAGUUGGAGAUGAUUCUUUUUUAUUUACCUGCAAUACAACUGUGAUUUGCUUCAAAAUGUAUUUUCUGAGGGGAUUAACUCUUUAAUUACCACAUAAUGGAGACAUACAAGCCAAGCAUGAGAAGUAAUGUAAAUAUCCGUCAUAUGAGAAGAUUCUACCACAGCUCCCUCCCCCCAUUUUAUAGGAGCCUGCAGGGUUGGGUGGAGGAAUGAACUGUCUCUUUUGCAUAACAAGGGACACAUUUUAACUUUCUUAUGAAGGAAUUGUUUUGUUUUUAUUUUUUUUCUACACAUAAAGGACCUCAUUGCAAAAGACGUCUGUGUUCUUUUCGUUGUUUAUUUUUUGUUUUUUUUCUAUUGUAUCCCAAAGCAACUUUGUACAGGAUUAUGCUAAUAUCCCAUCUUUUUUUUUUUUCUCCUGAUCUUAAUUUUUAUACUUUUAUUUUAUUUUCUCCUGCAAUGUCUGCGUAAUUCUAGUGUGAUGUAAAAUACUGUAACAUUAGGACAGGAUUUAAAAAACAAAAAAAUAAAACUGUACUUCUAUUUGUUCUUGAUAUGAUAUGACAGUAUUUGGGAUAUAAAGCAUUCUCUCACAGUCUGCUUUGUAUUUUGCUUGUAGGGUUAGAAUUCAGUCCUAGAUUUUAGUUGUCCAGUGUAGGAUAUAUAUAUAUAUAUAUAUAUAUGUAUAAAUAUAUAUUUAUAUAUAUAUAUAUCGUGUCAUUUGUAUGUUCUUUAUAUUGUAAAGAUUCUUUAGAUUGAAAGUUGCUUAUAAAAACAAAACUGCAUCAAUAAAUGUAAUUUGAUUUUUUUCAUA